CCACGCCGGAGUUCUUCAGGAUGGCGGCUGUUCUGCGACGGACCUUUCAUGCCGGACGCAGGCAAAGUACGAGAAUCCCAUACAUCGGAGCAGACAUCGGGAACGCCACAGUGAUGGCGUGAGUUGACGUGUAACCACGCCUUCCGCGCCUCGCCGUGUAAGUGCCCAGAUCAGAUCGAUCCAUCUAUCCUAUCCGAGACACCGCAACACCACCAAGUCAACUGAGAAUACAAAUAGGACUCAUCACCUCGGUAUCGCUCCUCAGCGCGCGCGCCUCAUCCUUCGACCAAAGAUUCCAAAAUCUCUGCCGCACAUCUAGUGACCCUCUCCACCAGAACAAAGAAACAGCCCGCCCACCAGCCUCCGGCACUAACUUCGUCUGGACAUACUUGAUGCAAAGAACAGCCCACCAGCCACUCGCUCCCACAGUUUCCGCGGAACGACGACGACCGGGUGCCCAAAUCUAGACCGGAACCCGCCAAAGCAGCGUAUCGCCGUUUGGCUAUUCUUUUGGUGGCUUGAUUCCGCGCCGGCAGCACCGCAGCCCCGGGUUCAUCAACAAAGCCACCGGAUCGCUUUCUAGACAAAGUCGGCCAUCUCUCUACCCGCCCGUCGACAUUCCCGCUAGCCAUUGAAGUUUGGUCUGCCGGACUGACGAGUCUUAAGGAGAAGGCCCGCCCCUUUUCGCGCUGACGACCCGCCGCGAGGACCACGUACGAAAAUAGGAGGUCGGAAACAUCAGAGCCCCUAUUCCAUCAUACAAAUAGCAACUUCACGGCAAACCCGCACCCCGAUUCAUAAUGUCUCUCGCUCAAAAGCUCAAACGGGAGGCAACAAGCCGUCCCACCUGCGAGAUGCCCCUCCCCUUCCUCCCCUUCGUCUUCCUCGCCCACUUCACCCAAACAAUAACCUCCGUCCUCACAACCGAAGCCCACCGCACAACCGCGAGCAUUUCCAACCACCUCGAGGGCCUGCGCCUCCAGGUACACGGGCCCGAACACACCUUCCACCCCUUCUCCCGCUUGCCAGCCGAGCUCCGCCUCAAAAUCUGGCAGCACGCCUGCGACCACCCGCGGACGCUCCUCGCAACACACGCGCCGAAUCCAGCUUUACUUGCAGUGAACCGUGAGGCGCGGUACGAGGCCCUGCGGCGGUAUACCCUCGUCCGGCUAAACACCUGGGGUGACAGGCGGAUCUACAUCGACUUCUUAAGGGACAGCAUCGCUGUCGUGGAGGGCAAGGGCGGCGGCGGGUUCCCUGUUCGUGGGGCGCGGCAUGUCAUUGUCGUGUGCGAGGAGCCGUUUCGGGAUCCGGGUUCGUGGCUGAAGUGUCGGUACCGGAGUGGGUUGGAGACUUUGACGUUGGUGUUGAGUGGAACGAAGACGGGCAGCAGGGUUCCUGCGCCGCUUCCUGAGAUCCGGGAGUUGUGUACGCCCGAGGAGGUUCAGCUGCGGCUUGGGUACUCGAAGGAGGAGGCGGAAAGGAUAGGGGAGGAGGUGAGAGAGCUGGCCGAGGGGUGGGGCCACACGCAGAUUCGCGUAGGGGAGUUCAUCUGAGCUCCAGAGGCAGAGACAACAACGGAGACGGAGGACGAAGCGUAAUGAUCCAUCGACACGAUAUCACAAUACCCAUUUCAAUGUAGUCAAUCUUCUUAAUUCUACACACGUACACCA